CCAGUGAAGUACAUCUACGUACACCAUCGCUCGUUUUGCGUCGUUUCUGCAGCGCUGAAGAAAGCCCCUUCCUCAGCGCAAGUUGUGGGAAGGUCAGGGUUCGUGUGGACUACCUUGCCACAGACCAUCUCUCUGCAGAUUCACUACAUAAUGUACUGUACAAGAUUGGGACGAUAAUAAAAGCCAAAGUGUUACUGAUAGAGGCAUCGUGACGCCGCGUGGAAGCGUGGUGGCGGGGCUCACUGGUGCUUGCCAUGAAAGGCAUUGCUUAUGACGGUGAUAGUUACCAUGAGAGGGCACCGCAGUCCUAGUGAUGAAGAAUAUGAUAAGAUGAGAUGGUACUUGUGUUGUGCUGAAGAUAACAUUUACCGGAUUACGGAUGCAGCCCUCACACAGCGCGGCAUCACUUUCCCCGUGGAAGGUGUGGAGGAGGAUCCGUCCUUGCCAACCAUUUCCAAAAAAACUCAUCAUCCUCCUGGUGCUUUUGUUUUGGAUCGGCUUCAGCAUACAGAUCUUGAGAAGGAACGCUCAGCUACCAAUGUACUACCGUGCAGCGCCACUCGCCAGAUUCGGCGUAGACUUCAGAACCUCCGUCGGACCGUCGCGGGUAAUCCCAAGGGCGCUGUUUCACCUGAGAGCCAACGUGGACAACAGCACGUGGGAGAAGCUGGGUGACGUGGUGGGUCGAGUGUACAACCUCCCGCCACUCUACGGCAUUGAGAAACGUCCGCAUCUGGUCAGUAAAUGCGGCAAAUAUCCUGCCCUCGUCGACUUGUCCUUCAGUAACGUCUAUUGGCAAGUCUUUCAUUCUAGUGAUGGAACGUUUUACUUGUACAGCGCAUUCUUCGAUAACCGCACCCUCACUCGGCCAGGACCGUCUGUACGCAUCCUUGGCAUGGCGGAUCGAAUCAAACCUGCCGUCAGGACUCACUGCCAGUUGUGGUACGAGGGCCAGGGUACCCCCGUAGUGGCCAAGGUGGUCGAGUAUCGGUACCUUUGGAUCAGGGCCUGGGGUAACUAUAGGAACGGCACCCUGCAACCAUACUUGCUGCAGUGCGUCAUUCCUGAAUCACACAGGCAACGAGUCCCGCAGUCAGUUUCAUUGGUGGAAGGACGCUGCGACCGGUCCACCAACAACCUGCGAGUGGUCCACAAUCCUCCACCAGAAGGACAGAAAAGUAACUUUGCUGUUUGUGUGAAGGGCAUGGAUGUUGACGAGGAUAUAAGUUUGAGAAUGGUGGAGUGGUUUGAACUACUUUUCUUGUUAGGAGCUGACAAAGUGUUCGUGUAUGAUUUGGGAAUACACCCUAACAUCUCUAAGAUACUAAAACAUUAUGAGUCCAAGGGCAAAGUUGAUGUGAGGAGUCUGACGCUUCCAGGUGAACAACCCACCGCACGCGGGCUUGUCAGGCGGUAUCUUAAAGCCAGGGUUGUUCACAAGCGGCAGAAUGAGAUAAUCCCAUACAAUGACUGUUUAUAUAGAAAUAUGAACCUUUACAAGUUUAUUGUACUGAUCGAUAUUGACGAAGUCAUCAUGCCUAGAUCAGUCCCAAGCUGGAAGGAGCUGCUGGAACAAGUGGCGCCUCAGGUCAUGUCGGGAGAGGGUCAUCCAUACGCCUCUUACUACGCACGCAACGUGUAUUUCUUAGAUUCAAUGCAGGACAAGCACGGGUUGGCGAUGGACAUGCCUCGUUUCAUGCACAUGUUGCAACACCUGUACCGCGCUGCCAACUACACAGCACCCACUAGUUACAUCAAAGCUUUCCAUGACCCUCAGUUGGUGCUCACGCUACACAACCACUUUCCUUUUUCCUGCUUGACACCCACAUGUUCCCGCUUCCGCAUCCCGACAGAGGUCGCGCACCUUCAACAUUACCGUGUGCAGUGCGUGUCGGAGCUUAAGAAGGUGUGUCCUUACUACAGGAACCACACCGUCCUGGACGGUGAUAUCCUCAGGUUUAAGGACCCCCUGCUACGCGGCACCCUCCGCACUCUGCGUCACCUCGGGUUCCUGCAGGAAGAACUGGACACGACUAACCAUUAAUUCGAUGAGGAACCGGAGAUCCAGUGAAAAAUCGCGUUACAACUAACAUAUUGCAAAUUGAGCUCUUCUGAGUGUGUGUGUGUGUGUGUGUGUGUGUGUGUGUGUGUGUGUGUGUGUGUGUGUGUGUGUGUGUGUGUGUACUAUACUUAUUCUUUAAUAGAGUAUAAUACUUAUUCGAGUUCGUGGACAAGCUUGAGAAACAUUUGUUAUCCCAUUCUAUUGUAAUACAAAUAAAUGUCACCAA